CAUUUCAGUCCUUUUCUUCCACGGGCUGCAUCCUUUCGCUCCGCAACCCGCUUAAACUUCGGUAAAACAUCAACCCGGCAUCGAUCGACCCCUACACCAACUUGCAGCCAUGGCUUCAGAUCAUGGCCCUCCUUAUACAGGAGAUGAUUUGUUGCUCAAUAAUACCUUUCCCAACACUGAGAACAAUUUUCAGGGAGGAUAUGGUCAAGGGCUGUAUCAAGAUAACUUGAACUGGAACGAUCAACAAUCAAUAUGGCAACCGCAUCAGCAACCUCAUCAGCAACCGUCUUCAACCGAAGGGCAGUAUAGCCAUACGGUGCCUUAUUCCUCAGGAUUCUUACCUCAUGAUCCAAAUCAAUUCAGCGAUCCUACGCUGUCUGGUUCUCCCUUUUCUCAUGUUGAUGCUGCUGUGGACCCAUCCCUGUAUGGAUCGUCGACUGGAUAUGCGCUUCAAGCCGCUCAGGGUGGCCACUUCGAAACCUACCAGCAGCCGUCCUACCAACACCCGUCAGUCCUGGACGAUUCAAAUGAUUUGACUGCUUUUCAAUCCAACGGAUCUUCCAACGUUUACCCGAACCAUGCGACUGUCGGGCAGCUCCAAUCGCAACAGCCGCGAACAUCGAGUCCGUUUGCACAGCAUGACGCUCGAUGCUCCCCAUCACUUUCACAUGGAUCUCCUGCUCAAAAGACAGCAUCCCUAUCUCAGCUUCCUCCGACCUUCAAGAAAGACGGAAGCUUGACUGCAUCUCAAGCUCUCAGCCAUGGCAGUCCAUAUCAAAACCAUCUGUCCAUUGCACAAGGCCCUUCACGGGCAUUCACUCCCAGUCAACUGUCCGGCGCUGGAUCCCAGGCCACACCCCCACCGGGCAGCAGCAAUGUCCGUAUUCAACAGCAAAACCCGGUGCCGUCGAUGACAUCGACCAACUUGCGCACCAUUGCUCCGCAGAUGACGAAUCCCCAGCAAUAUGCAAUGAUCAUGCCCUCCGGCUCCUCUCUGUCGCCUUCCGUCACCCCAAACCAACAAUUCACAGGUGCCCAAGUGGCACCGGGACGCACAACGUUGGGUGCUGAGGGUGAGAUAUCGGCGGCGGUAUCCGACAAAUCGCAGGAGACUCUCGCCCCUUUUGUGAGAGUUCCGAAGAGCCACCAAGUGGGGAAACAGUUCUCCAAAGAUAGGAAACAGUUCUCUAUCAUUGAUAAAAUUGACCUUCCACAGGAUCGGAAGGUGGAGAAGAUAAUGAAGUUCGCUGACAUCCUAACUGGGACGGUUAAGCUGAGCUGGUCAAAAGGUGUGAUCAAGUCGGAUAGUUUGAAGAAGGAGCGAUUCUCCUAUGCAGAGGCUGCGAAGAUCAAAGGUAGUAGUGUCGAUGCCCUCAAAAGCGCCACAGUAGCCAGUAAAUCUCCCAUAGAAAAGGCCAAGAAGGGUGCCAAACCCAUUGGACAGAUCGCUGCCUCUGAGUCCGAAGACGCCGAGAGCUCGGAGCAGUCGGAUGAGAGCAGUGACGACUCGGAACCUGAAUCGGUUGAAGAAAUGGAGGUAUCCCCUUUGCCUGGUCAACGUCCCAAGGAGCCGCUGGAAGCUAUUAAAUAUGACACCAUCAAAGCGCUAUGGAAGCCGAAGAGGCAGCCAUUAACGGGCGCAGAGGUUAGAGGGUGUCUUGGCAUGUACUGGGUGGUCAUCAGUGCCAUCCGUGAUCGUUGGAAGAAGGACAAGGGCGACUACGAUGCUGCUGCUACUGAUGCCCUGAAGGCUAGCAUCAAAUCCAAAGUGGAUUUUCAACGGAAUCAGCUUGAGGUGGCGUUUAAGGCUGCUCAGGAACAUGGCCACCCGCAAAUCAUCUCGAGAUUUGGGACAGAUGCUUCCUUCCUUACCUUGUUCCUCUCUUUCAUGGCCGACCGUGUGAACCAGAAUGACUACGCCGGUGGUCUCCUGAAGGCUGCAUUGGAGCUACUUGCACGAAGCCCUUCGAUAUCACGAGAAGUCACCACAGGAAAAGGAACUGGCAAAACUUGGGACAAGGUGAUGGCCAGGAUCGAGAAAAAGGGAGAUGAGCAGACGAAGAAGUUGGCACAAAGUAUCCUGGAGGUUGCAAGGAAGAGUAAGUUGUCUGUUGGCUCCCCGACGAUGGCCAACAAUGAUGGGGUUAAUGCCCUUACUCCAUCCAACCCACCGGUGUCCACCAAGCCAGCCACUAUCGUGAGGGCAGCCCCAUCCGUCGCUGGAGUAAAGCGCUCGCUUGAUAGUGAUUCAGCCAAGCAUGUUCAAGGGACACCAUUCGCAUCUGGCGCAUCAAAAAUGUCGACCGUAACCAAAGGGGUUGGAGUGCAAGCAUCUGGUGUUGGCCCAUCCAAAGUUGUAAAGCAUGGUCCAGGUUCUGUCAGUGCAUCACUUUCGGGGCCCAAACAGGCUGGAAAUAUGUCAAUGCUCAGUGGGAGGGCUGCUGCAACCAAGUCCGGCGUAAUUCCAGUGAAGCGAUCAGCAGCUGUGUUAUCAGGGAAGGAUGGUGAACCGGGAAGCUCAAAAUUGGCCAAUGCUGUCAAAGCAAAAGCAAUGGCGAAGGCGCCAAAUUUAUUCACGUCACUUUCGUCGGCAUCGAAAAAACCAUCAGCUUUGGCUACUCCCGCUGCUACUGCUAAGGACAGGGAAAGGGAUACAUUUGUCGCUAAGGUCCCUGAGAAACCAGCGGGCCCGUCCAAACCAGCUUUCUCAUUUCGAGAUACCAUGGAGGAGCUGACGAGGGAAAAGGUGGUGGAAAAACCUGCAAAGAAGGAGCCCGAGGGACCUCCGGAGACACCUGAAGAGAAGGCUAAGCGAAUGAGAAAGGAAUCAAGACGUCAUCUUCGCGUGUCCUGGCCUGUGGAUGAGAUGCUCGUAGCGGUCCGUGAGUUCAAAAGCGAUCCUUCCGAGAGAAGCCUCGAUACAAACAUGGACGUCGAUCUCAAUGACAUGAGGAGUGAAGGUCAAGUGUUGAAACGACAUGUUGAUGUUGACGAGGAGGUGGCGAUGGCCGAAGCUCUAGAUCUGCCGAAGGAGGAGGAUAUUCGGGAGUGGACCACGCCUUCGAACAUUGACUACUCGGUGCUUCCCAAAGAGGCGGCAGAGAAAAACACGACCAUCUACGGUGGCAAAACACCCAUAGUCUCUCCAGACGACGAAGAGCAGAAUCAUCGAGAGUCCACAACACUCUUGGUGCACUACCUGGAUCCUUCCGACAUCCCUCCUACACCUCGCGAACCUCGCAAGCAAGAUGCCGGUGAGAAUGUCAAAGAACCUGCUUCCAUGCAGCUCCCCGACUGGGUAGUGAAUCGUGAAGUUGAGAGGGGAUAUCUUCCUCCGUCGGAACUCAUGCCCGAGGCCCCGGACCACCAUGAAGCUUCUCGUCGCCACUGGUUCGAAUCUCGAAGUCGUCAGACUUAUGUCUCCACCGAAUACCAGAAGCAGCAAGCACAACAGGAAAGAGAUCGAGAGCAGCAAUCGAAGCAACAGGAGCAACAACAGCAAGCCAGCUUGGAAGAAGUCUUUGCGCGAUUCGCCGCACCUAACUCAUCUUCAAGCGCGGCGCCUCAAGAUCCAACCCCCGCCCCUGCUGUUGAUCUGAAUUCCCUGCUCGCCGACCUUCGAAACCACGGCUACAUCUCGACUGAAGCGUCUGUGGCGCCUUCAUAUGACCAAUCCCAUUACUCGAAUGCUCAAGCGACAUCGGGAAGUGCACCAACAGCAACCGGAGCUGCAACUACGGGUGGCGUGAAUUCUGCAGAGGUAUCAGCGCUCCUAGAGCAAUUGAAAGCCAGCACACCGACUGGCCCUCAACAGCAGCAAGACGCUCAGGCCCAGAAUCCAUGGGCCCAGGGAUACUCCGCACAGUAUCAACAGCAGUAUUACAGUGCGAAUCCCUACUAUCAGACGAACUACAACCAGCCGCCGGCACAUGAAGAGGAAAGUCGACGACGCCCUCGAGAGCCGGAGAUGGAUGAUGGGAUGGGAAACCCGGCAAGGAAGAAGUUCAAGCCCGCCGGCAACCCGGCAAAGAAGUUCACUCAAUCAUGCCGGUUUUUCGCAGAAGGCAGGUGUCUCAAAGGCUCUGAAUGCACCUACCGCCACGAUCAAGUUUGAUCCAGGUCGAUUGCGCAUCCGGUGGUUGACAUCGCUGUGCCUUUCACACAAAUGUAUCAGCACAUACACGAGGCUAUGAAUACCUCCCUUCUUUCUUUCAAGCAUCGCGAUCCGCAUUGUAUAGGACUAUAAGGG